AUGUCGAAGAGCACGGUACACGUGACCAACAUCCAUCCGCAUGUAGACGAAGAGGCUCUCAAGCAGUUCUUCUCCUUCUCUGGCGUCAUCGAUUCCAUCAAAUACAGCAGAGGCAAUGGUCACACGCCCGGCACUGCAGAGAUCGCAUACCAGAAGGAGAAUGCGGCCCGGGGUGCCGUAGCCUUCACGGGGGCGAGUCUCGCUGGUCAGAGCAUCAACGUCUCCGCAGCUGACGGCUCAGACGAUAUCAGCUCGGCUCCUGUCCUCGCACAGGAGGACAAGCCGCACGCUGCCCGUGCUGCAGAGCUGCUCUCGCACGGCUACAUUCUAGGCGAUCAGGCUAUCCAGCGCUCCAUCGAUCUCGACAAGACCUACGGCAUCGCAGACAAGUUCACUAGCUUGUUCACUUCGCUCAAGACUCGAGCCCAGGCGAUCGACGAGCAAAGAGGCAUCUCCACCAAAGUGCAGAGCUCCGUCACGGACAUCCAAGAGCGUCACCCAGAACUACAGAAGCAAGCCUCGACUGCCUACGAGCAGAGUCUCAAGUACUACACCGCCGCUCUCAACUCCUCCGUCGGCCAUCGCGUCCAAGAGUUCUACACUGUGCAGGCCAAGACGGUCGCAGAUGUGCAUGAGGAAGCCAAGAGAAUCGCAGAAGCCAAGAAAGGGGCACCACUGACUCCUCUGCCGACUUUUGGUCUCUCAAGUGCUACAUCCAGCUCUACUGCUGCUCCUGCUGCCUCUGCCAGCGAAGCUGCACCUGCUGCACCUGCUGCCUAG